AUGGCCACAUCGGAUGGACUAGACGGCUGUCUGCAGCGAGGCAGAUCUCAAAGUGACCCGAAUAUACUGACCGAACCGGGGAUCGAUUUGGCUCACGGCGCAGUAGAUGUGCUGGACCAGCAGAGGGUGCUAAGGACCGGCUGUCUGGUGACCGGCGUCCACACGCCUCCCAUCAGGCGGAACAGCAAGCUGGCCACACUGGGGCGUCUCUUCAAGCCCUGGAAGUGGAGGAAAAAGAAAAAUGAAAAACUUAAACAGAGUUCCACAGAUGUAGCAUUAUCCAGCGGCCUUCUCUACCACGACCCAAACUCUCACAGCCAGGGCUGUUGUUCAGAUGGAACACUCCUGCUUGGUGGAUUCGGGGGACCUUUGAACUCAAACUUGACUGUCAGCAGUGUGGAAUACCUUGGUCCAGAAGUAGACCAUCCCCUUCCAGUGGUCGCCCCCAUCCAGGACUGCGAGUGUCUGGAGGAAACUGUAAAUGUGGCACUUAGAGAUGAGGAAGGAGACCAAGAGGCGCACCCUGUUGGGGAGUUAUCCGAUAGCCUACAGGAUGUCAGAGAGCGGAUGGAAGAAAAACCAGAGGAGGAGAUUGCUCCAGGAACAUCUACACCACAAGUACCUCCAAAACUUUUGCCGCAGCUAACAAGUGGAGACGAUUCAGGCCUUGUGUCACUGCCUCUCCAUCAUCCUAACUCCUACCAUCCAAAGGAGCCUUUGCCCAGGCCACAAGAGAGCCUGGUGCCCAUAACCAUGCCCCUACGUGGGCCCCUGGCUAACUCCUCAGGGUCUCCUCACCUUGGCAAUAUGAUUCACCCCCCUAUGCCUCCAAGUUGCAUUAUGGAGGAACUCCAAAGAGCGUUCGCCACCAAGAACAGACAGGAGAGUGUGCAUGAAGGGUGUGAGCAGGCCUCAUCACCACCACGGCUUUGGUGCUCGGACGGACGCCUCUCUCGCUCCUGUAGCUCAGAAAACCAACACACAUCGUCUAUAGCUGGCAUGUGUGUUGGAGGUGGCGGCUCUGACUGGCCCAAGAAGGAGGCGGAGGAGAACAAGGAGAAUGUGCGGCUGGACCAGUGCUUCUCCAACACAUCUGGCCUCCCCACCGACUUGGACGGAUGGAAUGACUCUGUCAUCUCUGGUACACUUCCUCGCAGGUUAAGAAAGGAGUUACUGGCCGUCAAACUACGAAACAGGCCCACCAAGCAGGAGCUCGAAGAUCGGAACAUCUUCCCUGCAAGGAGCGACCAGGAGCGCCAGGAAAUACGGCAGCAGAUUGAGAUGAAGCUUGCUAAGAGGCUGAGCCAGAGACCCAACGUGGAAGAGCUGGAGAGUCGGAACAUUCUGAAACAGAGAAAUGACCAGACAGAACAAGAGGAGAGGAGAGAGAUAAAGCAGAGGCUAAACAGAAAGCUAAACCAGCGGCCUACAGUAGAUGAGCUUCGUGACAGAAAGAUUUUGAUCCGCUUCAGUGACUAUGUGGAAGUGGCUAAAGCUCAGGACUAUGACAGGAGAGCAGACAAGCCCUGGACGCGCCUUUCAGCAGCAGACAAGGCUGCCAUUCGUAAAGAACUGAAUGAGUUCAAAAGCACUGAGAUGGAAGUACACGCAUCCAGCAAACACCUUACGAGGUUCGUGUUUUGGGCCGUGCGUUCCAUCGGCCAUGAGAGCAAGGAGUUUCUUCUGUGA